AUGGCAACGCUCAAGCGUCAGCUUGUUGAGCAGCAAAAGCUCAAGGAGCAGGUUCAUGGCCAGAUGCUCAGCUCAGCCUCCCGGCGUCAGGCCAAGGCGCUGGAGAACGAGGAGCGCGAACGUCGCGUCGCCGAGGAGCGCUACCUGGACGUCUUGCAAGAGGCGGUGCGCAUCGCAAACUGCCGCGACGCUGAUCAGGCCGUCGAAGAAGAGCGCCGCCGUCGCGUUUCGGAUCCAGAUGCAAACCGCUUCCGGCCCCUUGAGGUUGAGCAGCACCUGAAGCAAGUCCACGAACAGCUUCUUGUUGCCUACAACACCAAGCUUGCCAUUCAUGCCACCAUGUGCGAGCAGGCCGCCCGCAUCAACAAACUUCGCUACGACAUGGUCCUGCGUCAUCUUGAGACUGCUGCCGCCCGCGAGCAAGCCCGCCAUGCCGAACAAGCCGAGCAACAACGCCGCGUGGCAGAAGCCGCUCCUACUGUCGGUCACAACAAUGUGCUCCACGCCAUUUUGGCACAAUUUAUGGAGCGCGUCUUUGAGCUCCAACUGCAACAGGCCCGAAACAAGAGCGACGCUCACGCAUACUAUGACAACGUCAUGCAGCGGGUGUUUGAAGAGCUUCAGCACAGUACCCAUGCCAAGGAAGUUGACCAAGCGGCUGAUCUCGAGCAGCACCAGCGCAUUGCCCAGGGCCAAAUGCAGCACGUUCUAACCGAUCUCGAGCGCGCCGUGGCUGCCCGCGACGCUGACCAAGCCGCCGAACACGAGCGCGCCGAGCGUAUCCACUAUGAUCUCAUGACGCAUCUGCACGAAGAUUUGGAGCGCCGCAGUGCUGCCCAGACGGCCCAGGCCGCCGCUGCUGUGGGCCGCGCUGAGGCCCUGACCGAUGAUCACAUCGAAGCAGCAGUGAACCAUUUUGAUGCCGAUGCCAUGCGUGAGCUCAUGGUAGAUAUCGAGCGGCUAGUGCACACGCGUCAGGUCUGCCGUGCCAUGGACGACGAACGCGCUCAGCGCAGUGCUCUGGAAUAUCUGCGGGCAGAAGUGCUACCUCAGCUGCGCCGUAGCAGCGCCGCAAAGACAGCCAAUGCUGCCAGCGACCUGGAGCAAGCCCAGCGGGUACAGCAAGCUCAGCUCACCAACGUGGUUUUGCCCCAGCUUCAGUCGACCCUGCGUGCACGCGAAACCCGCUCCGCCAUGGAGCUCGAGCGCGCCGAGCGCAUGCACCACGACGUCUUUGGUCAGGUUUUAGACCAGUUGGAGCGUCAUUGCAUCGCGGUCGCUGUUGACCGUGCCAUGGAAACGGAACGCGCCGAGCAAAUGGCUGACAACGUACAUCAAGCAUAUCAAGCCGAUGUUCUGCGCCAGCUUCACGCCCACUUUGCGGAUCUUGCGGCGCUGGAGGAGCAGGCGCGCCGCCAAGCCCCCGAGAACCUUGCAACGACGGCCGAGGUCAUUGGGCAAUUGGACGACCUGCACGCCGAGCUACUUUCUCGUGCCUCGCAAGCAGAAGCACGCGAGCGCUCACGUAUGGAGCAAGACGAGCAGAUGGCUGCUUCACACAUGCGCGAGCAGGUAUUGCCAGCCCUCCUGUCUUUUCACAACCGCCGCGACACGCGCCAAGCGGAGCAGGCCGAGCAAGCCCAACGCAUGGCCCGCAGCAACAUGAACCUGGUUCUGGGGCAAUUGACCAAUCAAGCCGUGGUCCAGCAUCUGCGCACUUUGGUUGAGGAGGAGCGAGCCGCACAAGUGUCUCAGCAAACCUACGACCAGGUCAUGGACGAACUGCAGCGUGCAACCAAUGCCGCGCAGGCAGACCAAGCCAUGGACGAAGAGCGUGUACGACGAACCCAGGAGUACCUGUUUGCUGCUGGUGUCCAGGAGGGUAUUUGGCAAGCUGGCACGCGCCGCAUGUACGAGGAUCUGUGUCAGCAGCCGGUGCAUGACACGCCCCCCACCGCUUCCCACCGCCACGCACUUUCUGCGACUCUUGAGCAGCUCACUACGACUAUGCAAGCGCGCGAAUCUGAGGCUGUGGCUCGGGCUGCGGCCACUGAAGCGGUUGCGCGGCAUCAGUUUGUGGAUGUGCUGGAACAACUGCGCGCACAAGCGGCAUGUCGCGAUGUGGCUCGUGCAGUGCAGGAACAUAUUCAGAUGAGCAAGCAGCGGGGCAACAUGCAUCAAGUACUUCAUCAACUGCGUAACAACUAUGUGCGCGGCAUGCUGCGCGCCGAGUGUGAGGCGGAGCGAGGUCGCCGCGUGCAGGAGGAGUUUCACCGCAACUGCAUGGGUCAGCUUGAGCAGCAAUACGCUGCGCAUACGGCGGACCUUUUGGCUGAAGCAGAACGCGAGGAGCGCAUGCGCGUCGAACACGAUCAAGACCUGUUGGCUGCCAAGGAGCGUCACGUGGCUCGUCAUUUUGCGGACAUUGCCAUCGACGAGGAGCGGCGCCGUCAAGUUGAAGAAGGCGACACGCAUGCCGCGGAUCGCUUUGCACCCGCGCAAGUGCAUCUGCGUGAGGCGGUGGUGGCUAGGGCCCAUGCCCGUGAAGUGGACCGUGCGGCCGAAGCAGAGCGCCAGGAGCGCAUGGUGGUUGAUCGCAUGGCUCCAGUGCUCGACGACGUGGUGCGCGCCGCGCGUGCCCGGCAAGCCGAUGAACUCGCUGCGGAUGCGCACGCUGCGGCCAUGCACGAGCAUCGGUAUGGGCCGGUGUUGCGGGCCAUCGAAAGUACUAUUAACCGUCGCCUUGCGACUCGCGCAGCGGCACAAGAACUGCAAGCUGCCAAGGCGCGUCGGAUCAUGGACCAGGUGUGCGAGCAGCUGCGUGCCAGCGGAGCGCGUGCUGAAGCCGCGCUGUUGGAAGAGCAGGAGCGCUUGGCGCGGAUCAGCGCACCACGUCAGCCCGGGCAAGAAAUGCUGCAGGUUCAAGAGGAGGCUGCCGCUCAUGCUCGUCGGCGGCAGUUGGACGAGAUUGAGAACCAGGAGCGGGCGGAACGUGUGCAUCACGAACGAAUGCAGGGCGUGUGCGCCGACGUCGCCCACCAUCGUGCCAAGCAGGAGGUGAUCGCAGCUGAGGAGGAGGAGCGCAGUCGCCGCAUAACAGAAGAGCAUCACGCCUUGGUCAUGCAGGCCAUGCUCUCUCACUUCAACCGCAUUGCAUCGAAUGAGCUGGAGCAGGCCGAGCGCCUACGACGACUGGCCGUGCCCCCCACCCCGACGCAUGGCGAGCUGGUGGCUCGAGACCGAGUCUUGGAUCAAUUGCUACGCACGGUGUACGGUGCACAAAUUGCAAAUCAGGUGGCUGAGGAGCAGCGCGACGCGACAUUGCGCCAUUGCUACACUCAGGUGUUGGACCAAAUUGCUCGGGGUGCAUCACACGUUGCGGGCCCCCGCGAUACGGCGGCCCGACGCAAGUUCUGGAACGACGAAAUGCCGAUUCUCAGCUUCAACAAAUCACAACGUGAAGCCCACUCAGCUGCCAUGGUGCAACUCGUUUCGACGCAACAUUGAGCUCCUUCGCUGAAUGCGCCGCGUGCGUAUGGACACUCUUGGCCCGUUACCGUGUCCGGGCCUUGAUUCACGGUCCCGCGCAGGCAAGGCCUAUCAUUCAUGCUCAGAUUGAGAGUUGUUCUCGCGUGUUGAUUGUGUAUUUUGUCAUCAAUUG